AUGGCUAAAUCAUUGCUUGUCACUUCGAAAAAAGCAACUGAUACAUCGCCGUAUACUACUGUUAAACUAUCACAGAUAGUUGAAAAUGUUCGCCUCAUUUGGCUAGAUGCUAAUAUUAACAGAUCGAAUCCAGACUGUUGUAACACACUUACUCGUCUAAGACGUAUUGUCAGUAGCAUUGAUACAUUUACUGCUAUUGAGCCAUGUGUGGAUUUUCUUAAAAAUGUUCGUGACGAAAAAGCUUUCAUGGUUGUAUCUGGUAGUCUUGGUGAAAAAGUCAUACCCAUCGUUCAUUCAAUGGCUCAACUCGAUUCUAUCUUUGUUUUUUGUGGUAACAAAGCUCGCUACGAACAUCUAAUGACCGAAUGGCCUAAAGUAAAGGGUAUACUCACCCAUAUCGAUAUGAUUUGUAAAUCAUUGUAUCAAACUACACACAAUUUUAAUCAAGAUUCUAUGCCAAUGAGUUUUCUCUCGGCUAGUGGCGCAUCAUCAUCCAGUACACAUCUAAACCAAUCUGAUUUAAAUUUUAUGUACGGUCAAUUACUCAAAGAGAUUUUAUUGGAUAUUGACGAUAACGAUGAAAAAUCUAUCAAAGAACUUGCUGAGUAUUGCCGCGAGAAGUACAAGGACAAUCAGGCUGAAUUAAAAAAGAUUGAUCAAUUUGAACAAGAAUAUCGACAACAUUCACCUACCUGGUGGUACACUUGUGAAUGUUUUAUUUACCACAUGCUCAAUCGAGCUCUGGGUACUCUUGAUGUAGAUAUUAUUCUCAAGAUGGGAUUCUUCAUUCGUGAUCUUCACAGAGAUCUCAAAACGCUACACUCGAAAACGAUCCAUAGCUAUGGUGGACAAUUCUUAACUGUCUAUCGAGGACAAACGUUUACCAAAGCUAAGUUUGAAAAAUUGAAGAAGAUGAAAGGUGGAUUGAUUUCAUUCAAUAAUUUCCUAUCGACUAGUCAAAAUGAAGAUGUAUCGAUUAAUUUUAGUCGUCGUGGUCUUGAAAAGAAGCCUGACUCAGUGGGCGUAGUCUUUCACAUGACUAUUGAUCUAACAAUGGCAGCGGUUCCUUUUGCUGCGAUCGAAAAAGUCAGCGAUUUCGAAUCGGAAAAAGAAGUUCUCUUCUCGACACAUUCUAUAUUUCGUAUUGGUAACAUUACUCCAAUCGAUAAUAAAAAUAUGUUGUGGCAGGUCAAGCUUACUAUCACAAAUGAAAUCAAUUCAAAACUUAGUAUACUUAUGGCUGAAAUGCGAGAAGAAAUUGCUACUGCAAAAGGAUGGUAUCGACUGAAUGAAUUACUGAUCAAACUUGGUGAACUUGACAAAGCUCAAAAAGUAUGCAAUCUACUUAAACAAAAAAACAGUGAAGCUGGCAAUUCAGCGCUCUAUUUUCAACUUGCACAAAUUGCUCGAGGUAAAGGUGAAUGUGACGAAGCGGCUGAACUUUACAAUAAAUCAAUUCAAGUUAAUAAACAAUCAUCUAAGAAUAAUAAAACAGAAUUACUCUGA